AUGCAACUGCAUUUUCUACCAAAUAUUUGCUUAAUCUUAGAUAAAUUCACUUGCUAUCGCUGCUAUUUUCAUCUACAGAUAUCCAGUCGAGAGGAGGUAUUUCUAGAUCUUUCGCUUCCGUUAACUGAUCAAAGCCCACUUAAUCCCACGAGCUCCAACAGCACGGCUGGCCUAGUUCGGCGCCAUCCUGAUAUCGACUCUUCUCUCAUCCUCUCCUCAGCCAUCAUAAACAGAAGGUCUGAAGAAUGGGAUGGAGUCUCAGUUUCCUGCUCAUCUCUUCCCUCUUCUGUCUCUCAAACGAUAAGUGAUAGUCGCAACUCUGAUAUAAUUCCGACGAGCGACCUUAAUGAUAAUCCGAUGCAUAGCCAAGAUGACGGCGCCAGCAUUAAAGGUCCUUUUAGUGCUCUAAUUAACCCCGAUGAACUUUCCGAUAAUGUUUCUCUUGUCUCAUCCUCUCUCUCUCUUCCGACUGCAAACACAAAUGCAUCAUCUCUUACUGCAUCUUCGAUCACUAAACAAAGGCACAUCACUUCUCGGGAUCAUCUUGACUCCAGAAAAGGUACUUUUUCCAUGUUUUUCGCUCUUUAG